AUGGGCAAUGGCAUGAACAAGGUAUGACUAAUGAUGUGUAGAGGAAACUUUAUCUGUGAAUGCGAUUGGGCAAAGCUGCUACGGAGUGUCCCUUUGUGGCUGGCAAGGCCUGGUGGGGGUUCUAGGCUCUGGAGGGCACCAGCCUGGGGGGCAAGGCUGAGAAAGAGGGUUUGUUUCAAGCGGGGGGCGGGGGGGGACAAGGGCUGCCCAAGUAUUUAUUUACUUAUUUGAAUGUUUUAAAUAGUUGUUUUUAACUGUGAUUUUUAAACCACUUUGAGAUUUUGUACGUAAGGGGUUUAUAAAUCUUGGGAAAUGGAAUAAACAAGUAUAGCUGGGGUCUAUCUCUUACCAGCCCCUGUCAGGGAUGAUAAGAGUUCAGCAAUAUCCAUAGUGCCACCAGCUCCACGUCCCAGAGAUGUUUCACAAAGCUUUUAAUUCAUUGGAAGCCACCCAAAGUGACAGGGGUCACCCAGUCAGAUGAGCGGCAUAUUAUUAUUAUUAUUAUUAUUGCCACAAUGAACCUCCUCUGAUUUAAGGGACACACCCCAGCCCUCAGGGUGGGCCCCAGACAUUUUUGCCACUUGAGAGGGAGGACAACAUGGUCACCCCUCCCCACAGCAGACACAGAUGCCAGCUGGACUAGCAGUUGGAUCUUUGAAUUUGACACACCUAGCGAUGGUGCAGCUGUCUCCCACCACGUGAUUAGAGGGGGAAACCCUCAAAGCGACUCACAAAGAGAAUGAAACAAUAAACUUAUCAGCAGAAACAGUCAAAAGAUAAAAACAGCAAUAAACUAAAAGUAGAUUAAAACAUACACCUUCAUGUCUGUGUAGGCUUAGCUAAGCAAGAAUGUUUUUAUCAGGCACUGGAAAGAGUGCAGAGUAGGUGCCUGAUUGGUGUCAUGAGGCAGGGAGUUCCAAAGUGUAGGCAGAAUUAAUUUCUUAAACAUAAUAAUAAAAAAUAAAUAAUAAUACAUUUUAUUUAUACCCAGCCCUCCCAGGCCAGAGCUGGGCUCAGGGCGGCUAACACCAGUAAAAUUACAAUAAAAACAUAAUGGGGGGGGAGGGAGAGAAACAAUUUCUAAUACAGGUUAAAAUGCAAUUUAAAAUGCAGCCUCAUUUUAAAAGUAGCCAAUAAAUCAAGACCAUAAGGGGAGGGAAACAUAAGGGUCAGACUGAGUCCAAACCAAAGGCCAGGCGGAACAGCUCUGUCUUGCAGGCCCUGCGGAAAGAUGUCAAGUCCCACAGAGGACAAUGGCCAGGGGGCUUAGGAGGGGCAGCUAGGGGCUGCAGCUGUGAUCCCCUCACAUUGUCCAAUGGUAGGGCCGGGAUCAGCAACUGCUCUACUGGUACAAAGUUACCAGUGCACAGGUGACGGUAGCAAGGAUGUGGCUUGAAAGGAAAGGUUGCAGUCAGCUCACAAGCCCAAACUGCUCACCAGGUGUCUUUUGCCACUGUUUCCUUCAGGGAGGAGGGGGCUGUUGAUGGCUGCUGGCCAGCAAUGCCUCUGAAUGCCAGCUGCUGGAAACUGCAGGAGCAGAGAGCUGCUCCUGUGUUCGAAUCCUGCAUGCCAGUUUCCCACAGCCAACUGCUCAGCCAGCCACCGUGAGAACAGGAUGCUGGACUAGCGGGCUCUUAUUAUGUCCCCCUGGGAAUCCAACAGCAAGGAGAGAUCAAAGAGCACUCCCAAUGUGCAGAGGUUGUUUUUUUGUGCUUCUGUCUAAAGCAGGCAACCCAACCUUAACGCCCAACCACCCAGCUUGCCAACCAUCUCUGUCUUGAGAAUGCGACAGAAUUCUGCCUCCGUUGCAGAACUAAACUGGUUUAACGGAUAUGCCUUCCUAUUCUCCAGGAAGCUGCCAUCCCACAAGGAGCCUUAGUGGGGUGAUUCCACAGCCCUUCCUCCCAGGAUUCAUUGAGAACGGGAAUAAUAAUAAUAAUAAUAAUAAUAAUAAUAAUAAUAAUAAUAUUUUAUUAUUUAUACCCAGCCCAUCUGGCUAUGUUUCCCCAGCCACUCUGGGCGGCUUCCAACAGAAUAUUAAUAUACAAUAAUCUAUUAAACAUUAAAAGCUUCCCUAAACAGGCUGCCUUUAGAUGUCUUUUAAAGAGAAGAUAGCUGCUUAUUUCCUUCACAUCUGAAGGGAGGGCGUUCCACAGGUCAGGCACCACCACCGAGAAGGCCCUCUGCCUGGUUCCCUGUAACUUGGCUUCUCGCAAUGAGGGAACCGCCAGAAGGCCCUCGGUGCUGGACCUCAGUGUCCGGGCAGAACGAUGGAGGUGGAGAUGCUCCUUCAGGUAUACUGGACCAAGGCCAUUUAGGACCUUAAAGGUCGGCACCAACACUUUGAAUUGAGCUCGGAAACGUACUGGGAGCCAGUGUAGGUCUUUCAAGACAUGUGUUAUAUGGUCUCGGUGGCCGCUCCCAGUCACCAAUCUAGCUGCCGCAUUCUGGAUUAGUUAUAGUUUCUGGGUCACCUUCAAAGGUAGCCCCACAUAGAGCGCAUUGCAGUAGUCCAAGCGGGAGAUAACCAGAGCAUGCACCACUCUGGCGAGACAGUCUGUGGGCAGGUAUGAAACCAAUAUAGCUUUGAGGUUUCCCUAUUCAUUUCCCCUUAAUGCCAUUAUUGGGCACACAUUCCCAAGAGGAAUAGAUGGUAUUAUGGAUGACUCUUAUCGUCAAAGAGGUGCUGGAGCUUACAGAAUAGAGGGCACAUGGUGCCUAUUCUGUAUGCUGUAGUGCAGCUUGUGGAAAACCCUUUUUGUUUCUGUAAGCUAGAUCCUAUCCUCCUCAACCUGAUUUGAAAGGUGGGCGAGGCUGCUCCUUUACCAACCACCUGGUGUCACAAUGUCGAGUUACUUUGUGCUUUGACGUCCUUAAAUUGGGAUGUCAAAGGGCCAUCCAGAGCUUGCAAAGGACCCUCCAGGGUGCUUCGGCGUUCGCUGCCCAUCAAUAGUGGUCUUGGUCUGUGGUCAAUGGUGAUGGAGGUAGCAACUGUGGCAGGUUUGCAAAGGGGUGUUGGCCAAACCCAGCAAACACCAGGAAAUCAGAAUUAUUCCAGCGGAGCCGAUAGGAGGCUCCCGAUUUCUCAGAUCUUUCAACCCCUCACACUUCCUAAGAGCUUGCCAGGCCCUGCAGCUUCCCUCAAAUCUCAGUUCAGCACUUUGGCAGCACAGCAAACAGAGAUGCAUAGCUGUCAACCGUCCCUUAUUUGGCGAGAAACUCCCUUAUCCCCGCUGCUGUCCCUUAUUGAUGAUGUCCCUCAAAUUUCCUGGGUUUCAAAGGAAGCAGCUCCUCUCCUUCCCUCCCUGCUGGCCAGGGAGGAGGGAGGCUCCAACUGUGUUGCUUGGCUGCAAUGCUCACCCAAUAAGGAGUCUAAGAACCACUGGGGGGUGGAGCUUGCAUGCCUUGUGCUGAUCAAGUCAGCCGCCUUGCCUGGGAACUCGCCUUUGCUCAGCGCUUCCCAGUGGAGAGGUGACGGUGGUUUUCCUUGCUGCAUCCCCUUUGCCGGGUUGCUGCGCUGUGGGAACCACCGCUUGAGGCUUCGUUUGGCUGCUGGCUGGGCUUUCUGACUUUGGCUGGGAGGGGCUCAGAAGUUGAACAUACCUGUGCUAUGAAAAUCCCUUAUUUUGGCUGCUGAUCCCUUAUUUCUGAGGCUGCUGGUCCCUUAUUUUCAAAUCUGUAAGUUGACAGCUAUGCAGAGAUGUGUGAAACCAACAGCCCUGGAGAGAUCAGGUGCCUUUGAACCACAGAGAAAGGAAAAGGAAGAGGCAUGAGUGCUUAUGUUUCAGGGCACUCACACACUGAAUGAAGCCCCACAGAGCCUGAAUGUUGUCAGAGUUGCCACAUCCAGCGCAUCCCAGGCACUGAAAUUUCAGGGCUCAAACCUGAGACUUAAGGGCGGGUUCUGGCGAUGUCACAGGGGUGGCCCCUGGAGACGGAAGUUAAUUGGGACAGGGGAGGGGAGGAACGCAGGACCCCGCCCCUCAAGUGUCUAUCCUAUAUUUUGCAGCCAGCUCCUGCUAGGCUAAAGCUUCAAAGUUGCAUGCAAAGGUAAAAAGUUUCUUUUAAAAUUAAAAGCACACUUGCUGACACCGAUAUUCAAGUCCUCCACCUGCCAGCUGGAGAGGGCCAGGUUAACCUGAACUUCAGGUCGGACCUGAAGGUCUGGCAACCCUAGUCAGAAUUCAGAGAAACCUCCAACUGCCUGGGGAAAGCCUCUGUACCAUGAAAAGAAAUAAAAAGAAUAUGAAGAAGAAGAAGAAGUUGUUCUGUGUUUGCAUCGCUUCACUUUGCCUAUGGGCACUGUAAUUUACCCAUCAAAGAGCUACAGUUCCCAGCACCCUUAACAAACUAUCGCCCCAGGAGUCCAUAGGGAAAGUCAUGUGCUUUAAAUGUUUAUAGUACAAAAGAUGAGUCUUCCUGUGUUUUGGCUCAUCUUACUCCCCCCCUUUUCCCCCUCCUUCUCCCCCCCCUUUUUCCUUUUCCUUUCCUUUUUCCCCCAUCCUUCUUCUUCUUUCCUUUUUCUUUUUUCCUUUUCCAUAAUGGCUUAUGUUUUAUGCCAUGUACUUUGAUAUUUUGUGUAGGUUUUUUUAACUUUUUUCAUUAUUAUUGUUACUAUUAAGGAAUUUUCUUUUGUCAUUUUGGUUGUCUAUAUUUAUGUGUAUUUGUUUAAAGCAAAAUAAAAGUAUUUAAAUUAAUAAAUGUUUAUGGCGCGCACUCAGAGCCUUUCCCUUGCAAGCAGAAGCUCUCAGGUUCAACCCCCUCCAGGAAGGGUUGGGAGAAACUCCUGCCAGAAAUCCUUCAGAGCUGCUGCAACUGACAGCAACUUUCCUUUUUGUGUCCAACAGAUUCUCCCUGGGCUUUUCCUCGGCAACUUCGUAGGUGAGUCGUCUGAAAAAUGGGCGUGCUGCAGAUCCUGGGAGGAAUAAUAGAGGCCUGUGUUUCUUUUGGAUUCUGCUGUGAACCUUGGUGGGGAUCCUGUGCCUGUCUUAGCCCAGUCCAUGCCUGGCAGGCCCAGAGAGGCCAGCUGCGGCUUUCCCUGUGGCUGCAUUUUCAGGGCAGGGAAGACUUCGCCAUUUGCAUCUCUGCCUGUUGUCCUGACCUUUGAAACAUGCCUGGGGCAGCGGGGAGAGAAGCAAAUACUUAUUCUGGAUUGGUGUUUCCUUUAGCGUGUCAGCAGGAAAAACUGCUGAGUAAAAUGUUAGACAGAUAAUAGAAUCAUGGAAUUCUAGAGUUGGAAGGGACCCCGUGGGUCAUCUAGUCCAACCCCCGGCAAUGUAGGAAUCUCAGCUAAAGCCUCCAUGACAGAUGGCUCCAUUGGUUAGAGUGCAGUGCUCAUACCGCCAAGGUUGCAGGUUCGAUCCUCGUAAGGGAGAGCUGCAUAUUCCUGCAUUCCAGGGGGUUGGACUAGAUGAUCCCCCGGUGUCCCUUUCAACCCUGAUUUUCUGAUUCUGUGGUACAGGGGUAGGGAAUCUUGAGUCUGUGGGCCAAAUGUCCACAGGCCUCUCUGCCAGGUGAGGACUUUCCUGGCCCUGUUCAGUACCUCCCUUGGGUACUUUCUUAAAAUAUAUAUAUAAUAAUUUUUUAUUGGUUUUUCCACAUAUUUUCCAGCAUAUCAUCCUUUUAAACAUCAUUUCAAAAUCUUUGACUAUCACAGCCUAAGACUUCCUUCAGCCUCAACUGGUGGUUUUCUAAAAUCCUUUCUAAUUAUGCAUUUUGUUACUACAGUUAUUGCCAUAAAUCCAAAUCUUAAUACCUAAACUUAAUUCUUUUCACAAUAAUUUCUAUAUUACUCCUUACAAAACUUAUUUUAACCCUACAAGUGGUGUCAAUUGAUUGCAAUUGCUUUCCAAAUACAGUGGUACCUCAGGUUAAGUACUUAAUUUGUUCCAGAGGUCCGUUCUUAAUCUGAAACUGUUCUUAACCUGAAGCACCACUUUAGCUAAUGGGGUCUCCUGCUGCCAGAGCACGAUUUCUGUUCUCAUCCUGAAGCAAAGUUCUUAACCUGAGGUACUAUUUCUGAGUUAGCAGAGUCUGUAACCUGAAGCGUAUGUAACCCGAGGUACCACUGCAUCUACAAAACUUCUUCCAUUCCUUUAGCAAAAUCUGGUGUUGCCGGUUCCAAAUUUUCCCGGUGAAUCUCGCCAUCUCAGCAUAGUUCAUCAAUUUCUCUUGCCACUCUUAUUUAAUUGGCAUUCCUUCUUGCUUCCAACUCUGGGCUAACAAUAUCCUUGCUGCAGUUAUCGCAUAUAAAAAAAAUUGGGUGCUUUUGCUUGGCUUGAAUCCAUCCUCCAAGACUUUAAUAAGGCUUCCCGGGUGUUGGAGAGAAGGGAUUUGGUACAGAGCCCUUUUGACAAGGCUGGAUUGCAACUUAGGGUCCCACCUGCUGUUGCCUCCUGCCCCCGCUCACUUCCCCCAUGGCUCCUCCCACCCCUUGGAUGUGGUGGCCCCUAGGAAGCUGCCUGGGAGGAGAUGUGGCCCCCAAACCGAAAAAUGACCUCCACCCCAGCAGUAGCAGAAGCAACAGUUGCUGCAACCUGCCUGCCCACGAUCUGCUAAUGUUAAAGACUGAUCCAUCAGCAGUCAGGAGCGCUUCAGCCCUGUUUUUGAGUUUCCGCCCUGUUUUUGAGAUUGUUUGAAACUUGAAACCUCAAUUUCUUAUUAUUACUGCCUGUUGUUGUUUAGUCGUUUAGUCGUGUCCGACUCUUCGUGACCCCCUGAACCAGAGCACGCCAGGCACUCCUGUCUUCCACUGCCUCCCGCAGUUUGGUCAUACUCAUGCUGGUAGCUGCGAGAACACUGUCCAACCAUCUCAUCCUCUGUCGUCCCCUUUCUCCUUGUGCCCUCCAUCUUUGCCAGCAUCAGGGUCUUUUCCAGGGAGUCUUCUCUUCUCCUGAGGUGGCCAAAGUCUUGGAGCCUCAGCUUCAGGAUCUGUCCUUCCAGUGAGCACUCAGGGCUGAUUUCCUUCAGAAUGGAUCGGUUUGAUCUUCUUGCAGUCCAUGGGACUCUCAAGAGUCUCCUCCAGCACCAGAAUUCAAAAGCAUCAAUUCUUCGGCGAUCAGCCUUCUUUAUGGUCCAGCUUUCACUUCCAUACCUCACUACUGGGAAAACCAUAGUUUUUACUAUACGGACCUUUGUCGCGGCAAGGUGAUGUCUCUGCUUUUUAAGAUGCUGUCUAGGUUUGCCAUUGCUUUUCUCGCCAGAAGCAGGUGUCUUUUAAUUUCGUGACUGCUGUCACCAUCUGCAGUGAUCAUGGAGCCCAAGAAAGUAAAAUCUCUCACUGCCUCCAUUUCUUCCCCUUCUAUUUGCCAGGGGGUGAUGGGACCAGUUGCCAUGAUCUUCAUUUUGGUUCUCUUAAAUAAGGCUAUGUUUAAAACUUGUCAUUGAGGCUUUUAUACCUUUUUUGUAAACUCAAGGAAGCGUUUCAGCCCUGCUCUUGAGUUCGUUUGAUAUCACUUAAAAUCAUUUAAGGUUUAUAAUUUCCUUAUUUCCUUUUGAGGAAACUGAUUAGUUCAGUUAAACGAGUUUUGUAGCCGGCAUCUCAUUAAGUCUUUGUUUAAUUCUAGGUUAACUUUUCCUUAAAUUUUUUGGUUUUUGUUAUUUAAUUGAAUUCUGUAGUCGAUUACUUCUCAUUUCAGGGAUUUUCACGGCAAUUCUUUUGUUUUGUGUAAUUUCUUGGCUCCAUGGCUGUCUUUUUUUCACUGGUUUCACGAUCUGCUGGGUUCAGCAUUUGCUUUGGAAGGAAUGUCAAGUGUGGGUGUCAUGGAGGACGGGGAGGAAAGGGAGGCCUGGCGUAUCGCCAGUUUGCUCCUACCCUGCCUGUAACGAAACCUGGAGAAAAGAUCACACCAGGAACUCAGUCCAAUACAGUGGUACCUCAGGUUAAGUACUUAAUUCGUACCGGAGGUCCGUUCUGAACCUGAAACUGUUCUUAACCUGAAGCACCACUUUAGCUAAUGGGGCCUCCUGCUGCUGCCGCGCCGCCAGAGCACAAUUUCUGUUCUCAUCCUGAAGCAAAGUUCUUAACCUGAAGCACUGUUUCUGGAUUAGCGGAGUCUGUACCCUGAAGUGUAUGUAACCUGAAGCGUAUGUAACCUGAGGUGCCACUCUAUAAGUUUCAAUAGUGGGAGUGGUCCCUACUUGCAAAUCAGUAGUCAAUUGUAACAAAAACUAAUCCGUUCAAAAGUAUGUAUUCUGACAAGGAUUGCAAACUCAAAUAGAGAUUACAAACUCAAACAGAGAUACAAACUCAAACUCAUAAGGAUAUGUAUAUCCAAUUAUGGAUCAGAAACCAGUAACUUCAUGUUGGUCCAUAGUCAGGUUUGACGUGAAGGUCUUAGUUUCAAUCAUUGAGCAGAAGUCAGAAGUCAAUUACGGAUCAGAAGCCAAGACAGGGCCCUGUUUCGAUGUAUUCACCUUCAUCAGCUGGAAGUAUAAAAUAUUACAUGAAAACACAUUUAGAUUCUAAAUUUACAUAAAUUGUAAAACAGUCUGAGUUCUUGGUGUGCUCUUUUUCUCUUGGUAUAUUUAAUAACAAGAACUCCAACUUAUGUAAUGAGACCUGAGCAUUUCAAGACCUGAGCGUUUCUCUUGCCCGUUUGGAAUUCCAGGAACUUCUGGAGAAAGUUGCAUUUUCCUGUUUGUGUUGUGAAAAGGAACUCGUUCCAAAGCAGCUACCUGGGAAUGCACAGGCAGGCAGGCAGGCAGGCAAGCGUGGGUCCUUGGGUGGGUUAGCUCAAAACCUGUAAGCCACAUGGUGCCCAAGGACUGUGCUUGACUGCCUGUUCACUUAUAGAUUCCUGGAACUGUAGUGUUGGAAGGGGUUCCCCUGUGGUCAUCUAGUCCAAUCCCCUGCAGUGCAGGAAUCUCAGCUGAAGAGCUCACUCUCUGACACAGGGCCACCCAACCUCUGCUUCAAAGCCUCCAGGGAAGGAGUGUCCUUCACCUUCCUAGAGAGUCCAUUCCACUGUCAAACAGCUCCUACCAUCAGAAAGAUCUUCCUGAUUUUUAGUUCGAAUCUCCUUCCUUGUCCUUUUUCCCUCAGCUCCCCUCUCUGGUUUUUCAACACAUGUUAUUCUCUGCAUAUUGUGAAAUUGUAAAGAUCCUUAACUUAUCUGUCUAGUAUGUUAACAAUCAAUAAAUUUGUGUAUGUUUAUUCAAAACCUGCCAAGGAGUCCAAUUCAUUUUGGUGUUUUUUUUUAAAGUAGUUUGUAAAAAGUUCCCAUUCUUCUUUAAAGUCACAGUUGUCCUUGUCUCGCAGUCUGUAUGUCAAUUUUGCCAAUUCUGCAUAGUCCAUCAAUUUCUCUUGCCACUGUUCUUUUGUCGGGGUUUCCUCAUUCUUCCAUCCUUGUGCUAUUAAGACUCUUGCUGCUGUUGUCACAUACAUAAAUAAAUUCUUUCUUUUCUUUGGCAGGUCUUUUCCUACAAUCCCUAACAAAAAUGCUUCUGGUUUUUUUUACAAAUGUUAAUUUAAACAUUUUCUUCAACUCAUUAUACAUCAUUUCCCAAUUUUUUAAAAUUUCUCUACAUUCCCACCACAUAUGGUAAAAGUUCCCUUCUUUCUCUUUACACUUCCAGCAUACGUUUGAUCCAGUUUUAUACAUUCUUGCAAUCUGUACUGGUGUUAUAUACCAUCUAUACAUCAUUUUCAUAUACUGUAUUUUUCGCCCUAUAGGACGCACUUUUUCCCCUCCAAAAAUGAAGGGGAAAUGUGUGUGCGUCCUAUGGGGCGAAUGCAGACUUUCGCUGAAGCCUGGAGAACGAGAGUGCGCACCGACCCCUCUCGCUCUCCAGGCCUCAGGAAGCUAUCCGCAAGCCUUGGGAUCUCCGCGGGAGUUCCCGUCGGGCUCCCAAGGCUUGCGGAUAGCAGCCUGCAUCCCGAAGCCUGGGGCGCGCUGCACAGCGUGCCCCAGGCUUCGUGCAGAUAUCGGGCAACCCCACAAGCUCGGGGGACAGCGGGGAGGCGCAGCGCCGCCAUCCCGCUGUUCCCCGACCUGGUUUGGAUUCCCCGACCUGGUUUUGGGGGGGAAAUAAAGGGGAUAAAAUUCCCUUUAUUUCCCCCCCCCAAAAAAAAACUAGGUGCGCCCUAUGGGCUGGUGUGCCCUAUGGGGCGAAAAAUAUGGUAACUUUCUUUCAGAAGAGAACAGUCUGUAAAUUUUAAAUCUAUUCUCCACAAUUUUUCCCAAUCUUCCAGUUGUAUAUCAUGUCCUAUAUCUUGUGCCCAUUUGAUCAUGACCGACUUUACCUCCUCAUCUUUUCUUCCCAUUCUAGCAGAAUACUAUAUGCACCCUUCAGAAUCUCCUUCCUUGUCCUUUGAAUCCAUUGCUUCAGGUCCUCCCCUUUAGAGCAGCAGAAAAACAAGCUUUCUCCAUCUUCCAUGCAACAGCUUUCCAGAUAUCUGAAGAUGUCUAUCAUAUAAGCUGUCGGUCUUCAGAUGGCCAACCGUCAUGGAUGCUUUAGAUGAGAUUCCUGUGUUGCAGGGGUUCGACUACAGGACCCUUGGGCGUCCCUUCCAAUUCUGUAAUUCUUUGAUUCUCCUCUGCAGGCUAAACACACCCAGCUCCCUCAACUGUUCCUGCUAAGGCUUGUUUUCCUUGGUCAUCUUGGUCACCCUUCUCUGCCCACCUUCCAGCUUUUCAGUAUCCUUAUUUUCUCAUGUUAGGGCUUAUCCGCACUUAGGUUUUGCUCUUUCCAGCAGAUGUCUGUGCUUUUUAAUGCUCCGUGUCAAAGCUUUCCCCUGAAAUUUCCCCACAGAACCCGCUCUUUAAAGCUGAAUCGGAGCAAACGUCAGUUCAGGUUUUCCAUGGACUUUUGUUUGCACCAAUUGGGCUUUAAAGAGCAGGUUUUUGUGGGGAAAGUUCCGGAGCCAAAAAAAGAGUUUUCAGACCAUUCCUGGAAAGAGUGGAGGAAAGCAAAGUUUGGAUAAGCCCUUAAAUGCAGUGCUAUUUUUCUAGAAAAAGAGGCCCUGGACCUCACCGUGAAUAUCUCCCUUGUUCUCUUAGAAUGGCAAUGGCGUCCACUUGGAGGCCUGAUUAAACAUAACUGCAUGUUUAAUGCUCUGAGUCAUUAUUUCUGGCAAAAGCAUUAGAUGGCCAUUGUUCAGAGGAGGUGUGGGGAUCUUUGGACUUCCAGUUGGAAGGGACCCUGAGGGUCAUCUAGUCCAACCCACUGCAAUGCAGGAAUCUUUUCCCAACGUGGGGCUCAAACCCAUGACCCUGAGAUGAAGAAUAUCCUGCUCUACAGACUGUGCUAUCCCUCAGGUGUUGCUGGACUGCAGCUCACAUUGUCCCUGAGCAUGAACGGGUUUAGAGGUUGCCCUGAAUAUUCUCCUUGUUUCAGGAUCCAAGAAUUUGUUAGACUGAGCAUUUGUUCUUCUGCUGUCGUCUGGCACUGAAGCAAGGGCUUAGUGCGCACAUGAUUUCAGCAUGCGAUUCUGCAUAUUCUGGUUUGCCAGGCAAUCAGCAGUUUGUGCAUGCACAUCCAUAAGUUGCUUGGGUAAUAAAUAAGGACGACUGAAACAAUCACACUGUGUUCCUCCUCCUCUUUAUCCUAGAUGCCAAAGACUUCGACCAGCUGAGCAGGCACAAUAUCACCCACAUCGUCUCCAUCCAUGAAUCCGCACAGCCAUUUAUUCCGGUAUGAGUGGGCUGGGUUUUUAUUGAGGGCAGGGAGGGGGUUUCAGUGCGCUACUCUGAGACAAUGCGAGGCAGUGGCUUUCGACAGUGGAUUUUGGACAUCAGUGGGGGUGGUAAAGCAGCAGACAGAUCUAAUCCAAUGGUCCCAAUCCACUACAAAUUCCUCCUCCUUUGGGAGCUGUAUAAAGGUAAAGGGACCCCUGAGCAUUAGGUCCAGUUGUGGCCGACUCUGGGGUUGCGGUGCUCAUCUCGCUUUAUUGGCUGAGGGAGCCGGCGUACAGCUUCCGGGUCAUGUGGCCAGCAUGACUAAGCCGCUUCUGGCGAACCAGAGCAGCACAUGGAAACACCGUUUACCUUCCCGCUGGAAUGGUACCUAUUUAUCUACUUGCACUUUGAUGUGAUUUCGAACUGCUAGGUUGACAGCAGCAGGGACCGAGCAACGGGAGCUCACCCCGUUGCGGGGAUUCGAACCGCCAACCUUCUGAUUGGCAAGUCUUAGGCUCAGUGGUUUAACCCACAGCGCCACCCGCAUCCCAUGGGAGCUGUAUGGGAGCACACUAUUGAGAUCAUACAGGCAUGUUCCCCGUACUCUUUUUGGCACCUGCUAAAAACAUUCUUAUUUAGACAAACUUAAAGUUUAGAAUUUGGGACGCUGUGGUCUAAACCACAGAGCCUAGGGCUUGCUGAUCAGAAGGCUGGUGGUUUGAAUCUCCACGACGGGUUGAGCUCCCGUUGUUCAGUCCCUGCUCCUGCCAACCUAGCAGUUCGAAAGCAUGUCAAAGUGCAAGUAGAUAAAUAGGUACCACUCUGGCGGGAAGGUAAAUGGCGUUUCCGUGCGCUGCUCUGGUUCGCCAGAAGCGGCUUAGUCAUGCUGGCCACAUGAUCCAGAAGCUGUACGCCGGCUCCCUCGGCCAAUAAAGCAAGAUGAGCGCCGUAACCUCAGAGUCAGCCACGACUGGACCUAAUGGUCAGGGGUACCUUUACCUUUAAAGCUUAGAAUUUGGGGCAUGGGUGGCGCUGUGGGUUAAACCACAGAGCCUAGGACUUGCUGAUCAGAAGGUUGGUGGUUCAAAUCCCCGCGAUGGGGUGAGCUCCCGUUGCUCGGUUCCUGCUCCUGCCAACCUAGCAGUUCGAAAGCACGUCAAAGUGCAAGUAGUUAAAUAGGUACCGCUCCAGCGGGAAGGUAAAUGGCAUUUCUGUGCACUGCUCUGGUUCGCCAGAAGUGGCUUAGUCAUGCUGGCCACAUGACCCGGAAGCUGUACGCCGGCUCCCUCGGCCAAUAAAGCGAGAUGAGCGCCGCAACCCCAGAUUCGGCCAUGAUUGGACCUAACGGUCAGGGGUGCAAUUUACCUUUACCUUUAAAGUUUAGAAAGUUGGUGUGAGUUUUAAUCUGCAUUUCAAGGAAAGAGAGCCCACAACCUCCUGAGGGAGACGGUGACACUGUUGAGCAGCCCUUACCAUCAGAAAGUUCUUCCUGCUGUUUAGUUGAAAUCUCCUUUCUUGUAACAUGAAUCCCUUGGUCCAGGUUUUAACCUCGAGAGCAGGUUGCAUGUGACAGCCCUUCAGAUAUUUGCAGAUGGCUAUCAUAUCUCCUCUCAGUCUCCUUUUACCGAAGCUCAAUACACUUGCUAGGGCUGGAGUUAUAGCAUGGUGAUAAUGCCUCUGGCUUGAAAGCAGAAAGGUCCCAAAUUCAAUUGCCGGAAUCUCCAGACAGAUUCCCUAUCUGAAAUCCUCUUAGGAAUUUUAAAUUACUGUAUUUUUCGUCCUAUAGGGUGCACCGGCCCAUAGGACGCACCUCGUUUUUUUGGGGGGGAAAUGAAUAAAAAAAAAUUAUUCCCCCCCCGCCGCGGCUGCCGUCCCAAGCCUUGCGCACACCUGCCCCAAGCACGGGGCACCCUCCGGAGGGCUCCGCGUGCUUCGGGCUGCAGGCUGCCGCCCCAAGCCUCUCGCGCCCGGCGGGACCUCCUGCCGGGCGCGCAAGGCUUGCGGACACUCGCCGGGGCUGCAGGCUGCUGCCCGCAAGCCUUGUGAGCCCGCGGGAACUCCCGCCGGGCUUGCAAGGCUUGCGGAUAGCUUCCUGAAGCCUGGAGAGCGAGAGGGGUCGGUGCGCACUCUCGCUCUCCAGGCUUCAGCGAAAGCCUGCAUUCGCCCCAUAGGACGCACACACAUUUCCCCUUCAUUUUUGGAGGGGAAAAAGUGCGUCCUAUGGGGCGAAAAAUACGGUAUGAUAUUCCAAAAGAUAAAACUAAAUUUUUCUUAUACGCGACGUCUGCAGCAAGAAUCCUGGUGGCUAAGUAUUGGAAAGGGAAUCAGCUACCCACUAGGGGCGAGUGGUUAUGUAAGCGUUCAGAAUAUUUAGAAUUAGCCAAAUUGACAGAUAUAAUAAAACAAAAACCCAAAAGUGAAGUGAAAAAGGAAUGGGAGUGCCUAAAGGAAUACCUUAAAAGCCAAGGUUCGAGGGCAGAAAUCUGGCUGUGUCUGGAAUAACCUUGUGAAGUGAAAGGAUAAGAAAGAGGGAUUUAUAGCUAGAUGCUAGGAUAGAGACGAUAAGGAAAACAGGAAGACACAAUGAGAGGUAAAGGAGGUGCUGUGGGAUUGGUGGAAGUCAAUGUAUGUUUUUCUUUUAGUGUUUAUAUUAUUAUUUUGUAAGAUUUGGAUAUAUAUUUUUGUAUGCUUGUUUUUGUGCAUUGUUAUUUUUCAUGUUGUUGUUGUUGUUGUGUGGAGAAUACUGAUAAAAUUAAUAAUUAAAAAAGGGGGGAGAAAUCCUAGAGAGCUUCUGCCAGUCGGUGUAGACAAUAUAGAGUCAAGUGGACCAAUGAUCUGACUUUGUAUAACUCAACUUCUGCUGCUUCUGUGUUGCUCUACCAUGGACCUAUGGCCACUCCCAAUCAGCAUUAUAAGAAAAAAGAAAGAACAGUUAAAUUGGGCAGAAGGAGAUCUGGGGUGCAAUGCAAAAGACCCAAAGUUUAACCCGCCUUAGAUCACCACCUGCUCCGCACAGCGAGAUAUAAAGAAAAUGUUUGGAAUUCCUCCUGAACUCAGCCCAGAUACAAGGGAACCUAGGAAACUGUCUUUUAAUGAGUCAAGUCAUUGGUCUGUUCAGGUCAGUAUUGUCUGCACGGACUGGCAGCAGCUCCCCAGACUUUCAGGGAGGGGACUUUCCCAGUCCUACCUGGAGAUGCCUUGGGGGAUUGAACCCGGGACUUUAUGGCAGGCGCUGCACCUGUUGAACUGCUGCCUUUCCUCCUGGGAGCCUCAUCUCAGUCAUUGGGUGUUUGUUUUUCCAGGGAAUCAUCUACCUCCGCAUUGCUCUGCCAGACACACCAGAGGCCAACAUGUAAGUAACGGUAAUAAUAAUAAAUAAUAAUAAUAAUGUUACUAUUUAUACCCCACCCACCUGGCUGGGUUAAACAUAAUAGAACAUCAGACAUUUAAAAACUUCCCUAAACAGAUCUCUUCUAAAAGUUGUAUAGUUACUUAUCUCCUUGACAUCUGAUGGGAGGGUGUUCCUCAGGGAGGGCACCACUGUUGAGAGAAGAAGGGGAGAAACAGUGUUUCAGCAAACGAAUUAAUAAACUGAAACUGAAUCCUUACGAGACAGAAGUCAGAGAUGUUGGGAAUCUGGGUUGGGGUCUGCCACAUGUUUUGCACAAUCGCGGCCAGGCUUGUGUUCUCUCCUCCGCCACCAAUUGCAAAACUGAAACCGGUGCACUGAGGAACGCGCAUGUUAACACACCGCAGACCUGUCGCUCAGCCACGUGCAGAGUCCCAGUAAACACGAUCACUUAUAUAAUCCCAUGGCCUGGAGGAAGAUCUCGACGGUAUCGCUUCACUCCAGUCCUGCAAGUUUUGAGUUUGCGCAAGAAGCAAAAACCAGGUCAGGAAGUUUUGGUUCUGUUUUGACUGAAAGUGCGGCUUCAAGCUGAAACGCUUCAGCUCCAAACCUUGAGGGAAGGAGAGGGGCAGAGAAGAAGUUCCAUGUGGGGUGAUGGGGCAUAGUAAGAGCUAUUUUUUGAGAGCUUGUUGUUGUUUAGUUGUUUAGUCGUUUAGUCGUGUCCGACUCUUUGUGACCCCCUGGACCAGAGCACGCCAAGCACUCCUGCUUCCACUGCCUCCCGCAGUUUGGUCAAACUCAUGCUGGUAGCUUCGAGAACACUGUCCAACCAUCUCGUCCUCUGUCGUCCCCUUCUCCUUGUGCCCUCCAUCUUUCCCAACAUCAGGGUCUUUUCCAGGGAGUCUUCUCUUCUCAUGAGGUGGCCAAAGUAUUGGAGCCUCAGCUUCAGGAUCUGUCCUUCCAGUGACCACUCAGGGCUGAUUUCCUUAACAAUGGAGAGGUUUGAUCUUCUUGCAGUCCAUGGGACUCUCAAGAGUCUCCUCCAGCACCAGAAUUCAAAAGCAUCAAUUCUUCGGCGAUCAGCCUUCUUGAUGGUCCAGCUCUCACUUCCAUACAUCACUACUGGGAAAACCAUAGCUUUAACUUUUGAGAACUAGUCAGAGUUAUUCCUGCACUGCAGGAAGUUGGACUAGAUGAUCCAUGGGGACAAGUCUCUGAUUCUAUUCCGUCCCAUGGUCUUUUGGGGCUAAGCUUGUACAGAGUCUGCUCUUGAAAUCUGGCUCCCUGGCAUUGAACCCUGUUUUGGCUUUGUUUUCGUCCUUCUAGCAAGAAGCACUUCAAGAAAUGUAUCCAUUUCAUCCAUUCCUGUCGCCUGCAUGGAGGGAACUGCCUUGUUCACUGGUAUGUUGACUUUUUUGGGGGGUUGUUUCACUCGGCUCUUGUGGGCUUUCUGGCGGGGGGCACCUGGUGGGUCCCUGGGAGAAACAGGACGCCUGCACAGCCUACUAUGAUUUGCCAGAUGUUGCUGGACUACAACUCCCAUCAUCACUGGGCACUGGGUUAUGUUGGCUGGGGCUGAUGGGAGUUGGAGUCCAACUCAGCACUUUCUGCACUUUUUGAAACGUUUGGCAAAUGGGAAUAAUAGCCAUCCUUUGAAAUGGACACUUCUCCAGAUUUUGCACAUUUCAGCGAUGUGUACUAAAAUUGCACAUACAGUAAAUUGUGCAUAUAACUGCAUAUAUUAGUGAAAAAAUAUAAUACAAGAAUGCAUAUUGGGGAAAUUUUAUUUGCAAAAAAAAAAAAUGCAUGUUGGGGAAAAUUGCAUUUUAAAACUGCAUAUUAGAAGAAUUUGCAUUAAAAUGCUGGAGAAUUUCCAUGAGGAUUUUUAAAAAAAAAAUUAAAGAAAGAAUUACAGUCAUACCUCAGGUUAGAGAUGCUUCAGGUUGCGUUUUUUUGGGUUACGGACCCGCCGAAACCCGGAAGUGCUGGAACGGGUUACUUCUGGGUUUCAGUGGUCGCGCAUGCGCAGAUGCGCUAAAUUGCGCUUUGCGCAUGCGCGCUGAAUCGCAACCGUGCAUGCGCAGAUGCGGCGCUGCAGGCUGCAAAUGCUGCGGGUUGCGAACGUGUAUCCCGCACGGAUCAUGUUCGCAACCCGAGCGUCCACUUUACAAACCGAUAUGGAAAUGUGGGGAUGUAACUUGUCCCAAAAGAUGAGAAAGCAAAAUUGACGUAUUUGCUCACCUGGAGGGCACCAGGAGGAUGAAGGCUUCUGGGGGGCGGGGGGUGGGUAACAGAGCCAUUCUGUCUUGCCCACCUGCAGCACAUGUACCAGUCCUUGCCCUUCUGUUUCCCUGCCCCCCCCUUUCUGUCCCACUGGGACUCUUCUUAUGUUCUUCAGAAAGGGUGUCCCUCACCAUUUGCCUUCCUGUCACACUGAGCCAUAUCCCUGCCAGGGAUCCUCUAAUGCUGCCUUGAGGUCCAGGGUUUCUAGAAGUGAGGUUCAUGCUCCAUGAUUUUUGGUUGCCAAGGAAAAAUAGGUUUAAAAAGCCUGGAUGCCAAGAUCCGGGCUUUAGGGAAGUGCUCUUUGGCCAGAGAACCCCAGCAGAGAUUUAAAAUCACAAAUCAUGCAGCAAGUAAAGUGUGGAAAUCUAGGCUGUCAGACCAUUAAAAUAUGUGACUUCCAAGACAGUCCCCUCUUCCCCCAUCGUAGGAAAAGACCAGACGUUUGGUAAGUUAAAAACGGUUUACUUACAAACUCUCCAAAGGUCAGAUUCAUGUGCUUUCCCACACAGCCGUCAGAAAACACAGGUGGUCAAACUUGGCUUUGUUACGGUGGUGAAAGUCCCUAAAUUAUUGGUAUAGGAACGCAAGGGUGGCUUGUAAGAGCCAUGCGGCUGAGCUGCAGCAACCAGCUUAGCCUCUUCACACGCUGAGCUUCUCAGGUAGAUGGGAAGGAGAACAACAGGCUUGAUUACUUUCCUCCCAAGGAGUGGGGGAGUGACCUAGCUGAGCCUGGCAGGACAGCUGACUCUAUGGCUUUAACCCCUUCAUGCACUGAUCAGACUUAAGCAUGUUGGUUCCAGGAGGCUGGCUGUCCCCCAAUAACAACCCCACGAGAAGGUCCCAAGCGUGGCUUCGCGUUUGUUGGUGGGUAGGAAUGCAGGCAGAGGGCCUUGCGACAGGCCAGGAGGGGAGGCAGAGGUUUCUGAUGGCUUCUCCGUCUGCCUCCAGCCUCGCAGGGAUCUCCCGCAGCACCACCAUCGUCCUCGCGUACGUCAUGGCCGUGACACAGCUGAACUGGCACGACGCCCUGGAGGCCGUCAAGGCAGCCCGGCCCGUCGCCAAUCCCAACCCAGGUUUCCGUCAACAGCUGGAGGAGUACGGGGGCAGCCGGUCUGUGAAGAAGGUGAGAGCAGGAGACACAUGUGAUGUGGUAUGCCUGUGAAGGGUUUGGGCAUAGCCAGAGACAGUUUAACAUUUGGAUGCUGCGUUAGAAUCAUAGAAUCAUAGAGCUGGAAGAGACCACAAGGGCCAUCGAGUCCAACCCCCUGCCAAGCAGGAAACACCAUCAGAGCACUCCUGACAUAUGGUUGUCAAGCCUCUGCUUAAAGACCUCCAAAGAAGGAGACUCCACCACACUCCUUGGCAGCAAAUUCCACUGUCCAACAGCUCUUACUGUCAGGAAGUUCUUCCUAAUGUUUAGGUGGAAUCUUCUUUCUUGUAGUUUGGAUCCAUUGCUCCGUGACCGCUUCUCUGGAGCAGCAGAAAACAACCUUUCUCCCUCCUCUAUGUGACAUCCUUUUAUAUAUUUGAACAUGGCUAUCAUAUCACCCCUUAACCUCCUCUUCUCCAGGCUAAACAUGCCCAGCCCCCUUAGCCGUUCCUCAUAAGGCAUCGUUUCCAGGCCUUUGACCAUUUUGAUUGCCCUCCUCUGGACACGUUCCAGUUUGUCAGUGUCCUUCUUGAACUGUGGUGCCCAGAACUGGACACAGUACUCCAGGUGAGGUCUGACCAGAGCAGAAUACAGUGGCACUAUUACUUCCCUUCAUCUAGAUGCUAUACUCCUAUUGAUCUUUAUAUUUUGAGGUUUAGCACCUGUCAUUUUCACAUACCCUGGGAUCCUAUAGAAUGGUGGUCCAAGCAUGCCAUCAAUCCUUCAGAUGCAGUUCGCCUGUUGCCUCGUCAAGCUCUUAGUGCAUCUGACUUGGUGCUGUCUGUGCUGAUUGGCAGGUGGCGGGAGGGAUGAGAAUACAGUGGUACCUUGGUUCUCAAACUUAAUCCAUUCUGGAAGUCUGUUCCAAAACCAAAGCAUUCCAAAACCAAGAAAGUAAUGCAAAACUGAUUAAUCCGUUCCAGACUUUUAAAAACAACCCCUAAAACAGCAAUUUAACAUGAAUUUACUAUCUAACGAGACCAUUCAUCCAUAAAAUGAAAGCAAUAACCAAUGUACUGUACUAUAAAAUAAAUAAAACAAUAUGGUAGAUGAUAAAAAUUAAAAUUAAUUUUUUCCCCUUACCUGCACUGAUGAUAGUCACUGUUUGGAUGGGGGGCUUUUAUCCAUUUCUGCAGCCACACAAUCAAUCAAUCAAUCAAUCAAUCAAUGAAUAGCUGAACUGGGAUCCACACAGUCACAAAAACAAAUUAACUGAAAAAGCCUCAAAACAAAAAACGCUAAAUGAAUAGCAAAGCAAAAGCACCAAAUAUAAGCUCCAAAUAUCACCUUACAGCACUGCAAUCGGAAACGGAUGGCUUGAUUUAGAAUGGGGGGGAUGAAAAUUAGCAGCGCAACAGGAAACACAGGGGGGACGCAAAACGGAGCACGUUCGGCUUCUGAGAAAAUGUUUGAAAACCAGAACACUGACUUCCAGUUUUGCAGCAUUCGGGUUCCAAGUUGUUUGUGAACUAAGCUGUUUGAAAACCGAGGUACCACUGUACAGAGCGCAGCGAAUAGGAGCCCAACAUUUGAAUCAGGCUACUGGCUUCCCUAGCUCUGCACAGAUGUGCAGCAGCUCUCAAGGAGGUCAGGCCAGGGGUUUUUCCCAGGUGAACCUGGACAUACUGCCAGAGAUUUAACCUGGCACCUUCUGCAUGCAAAGCUACCAGGUGUCCUACCUCUGUGCUGCGACCCUUCCCUUAAGACAUAGGAACCUGCUUCGUACCAGGUCAGAUCAUUGCUCCAUCCAGCCGACUGGCUCCCUGGGCACUCGGGUGGUGUCUCUGCCCUUCAUGCCAGGGAUUUGAACCUGGAACCUUGUGUGUGCCAAGCAGGUGCUGUGCCACCGGCCUGCAUCCCGCUGAAUGGGCAAGGACAGCCUUAUGCUGGGGAAGGGCAUAUUUGAAAUAAAGGAUUCUGAGCGGGAGACGGAAAUAGGAUGCUUGCAAUCAUCAGCUUUUUGUCUUGUGUGCUGGAGACAGAAAAAGACAGAUCACAGGGGUGGAGAGCGGUUCAACUCACGCUUGUUUACAAAGUUUGCAUGAUGAUGUCAUAUCUCUGACUUGUCAUUACGCAAAGCCCUCGCCUCUCAGUCUCUGCAAUGUUGGUGGCCGUUGUCGAUGCUGUCAUUCUUCCAGCUUUUAUUAUAGAGCCAUGACUGAUGGGUCUGCUUAUUUAUUGUCAAUAAUAAUAAUAAUAAUAAUAAUAAUUUUAUUAUUCAUAUUCUGCCCAUCUGACUGGGCUGCCCCAGCCACUCUGGGCAGCUUCCAUCAAAAUAUAAAAACAUAAUAAAACAUCAAACAUUUAAAAAUUCCUUAUACAGGGCUGCCUAAAGUCAGAUAGUUGUUUAUUUCCUUGACAUCUGAAGGGAUGUUGGUCUUAGACUUAGUUGGUCUUUAAGGUGCUACUAGACAAUUUUUUUUUAUUUUUAUAUAUAUUUCUACUGCAUCAGACCAACUCAGCUACCAACCUGAAUCUGAAGGGAGGGCGUUCCACAGGGAGGGUGCCACCACUGAGAAGGCCCUCUGCCUGGUUCUCUAGCUUCACUUCUUGCAAUGAGGGAACCUCCAGAAAGCCCUCAGAGUUGGACUGCUUACGUUUGUACUCCACCUUUCUUUUUUCAAGGUGGCACAGAUGGGGUUCCCUUGUGGUCACCUAUACAAUGCCAGGCGAUACCCGGGGAUUAACUGGCAUGUGUUCCAAGAUUACCUUCUGUUAUGUACUGAGUUGAAUAGGAUCCAAACUGCAGCAGUCUGAUUGGUCCUAGAACAAUAGGCUCCAAAAUGCAGCAGUCUGAUUGGUCCUAGAACAAUGCAGCAGUCUGAUUGGUCAGCAGGAGCCACCCAAUCCAGCUCCAGAUAGAAGUGAAUCCACAACCUGAUUGGCCCACAGGAGAAUCCCGGAACUAGCCAGUCACGUGGGGCCCAUUGUGUAAAUAAUGUAUAUAAAACAGAUACUUUGAGGGGACUUCCAUUCCCUCACCACUAUGAGCUGAAUAGAGAGCAUGAAAUCCGCUCUCGACUCUGAGUAUAUUUCACCUUCGUAGUCAUAAGGGCUAGUAACUUGCUGGGCUUUUUCGAAAGGCUAAUUCUAUGUUUGCAUGGUGUAAUUGUAAUUGCAAGCAUCCUCACUGCCCUCUUUUUUGCGAGACAUGCAUCUGUGGCCGGAAUGGCAAAGGGAGUCUUGCAAACUGUCCUGUUUUUAAAUAGGUUUUUAUUUUUAUUAGUAUUGUUUUACUACUCUGUUGUUUGCUGGCCCCGGUUCCUUUGGGAGGAACGCUUGCUCACCACUCCCCGCCCCUUUUUCUUGUUGACAGAUCCACCGGAGACUUGAGCGCAAGUAUGGAGCAUCGCCUUUUAGUGACGAAGAGGACAUCAGAGCCCUGCUCCCACCUGGGAAAAGGCUCCUGGUCCCUAGGAGAGAUGGGGCUCCGCAGACCCUGGUGCCAAAGGAGAGAGGAGCCAAGCACACAGACCCCUUUCUGCUGCGGAUGAAGCAGACCUUCUCCUGCCUCCCGGGGUGUUUGAAAUGA